AUGUUUCUCCCUCGGCUACUUCGCAGCGCACGCGCGCCCUACCUCACCGCCCGAACAUUUGGCUUCGAAGCCUCGAGAUUACAGACCAGAGCAUUCGCUACAUCAUGGCAGAGGCGAAAUCUCUGGGCCGAUGAGGAGCUCAUGUCCAAGCUCCCGGGCAUUGACCCUUCAAAGCUCACCGUAACCGAAACUAUCACGCCUAAACAACUUGUGCCAAACCAGGACCUCGUUUUUGGGCGGACUUUCACAGACCACAUGCUCUCUAUCGAGUGGACCGCCUCUGAUGGGUGGCACUCUCCCCGCAUAACGCCCUACCAAAAUCUCUCGCUCGAUCCUGCCACUUGCGUCUUCCACUACGCCUUUGAGUGCUUCGAGGGCAUGAAGGCCUACAAGACUGCUCAAGGAGACCUACGCCUCUUCCGGCCUGACAAGAACAUGCAACGUCUGAACAAAUCCGGGGCGCGCAUCGCCCUUCCCACCUUCAACGGCGACGCCCUCACAUCCCUUAUCGGCACUCUGUGCAAGCUUGAUCAGCGUUUUAUUCCUUCAGAAAAGGGCUACUCUCUCUACCUUCGCCCUACACUUAUCGGUACGCAGCGCACUUUGGGCGUUGGUCCUCCCGGAUCGGCGCUCCUUUUUGUGAUCGCUUCUCCCGUCGGGCCUUAUUACCCAACGGGCUUCAAGGCCAUCAGCCUCGAAGCCACCGACUACGCCGUGCGGGCCUGGCCCGGCGGCGUGGGCGACAAGAAGCUCGGCGCCAACUAUGCGCCGUGCAUCCUGCCGCAGCUGAGAGCCGCAAAGAAGGGCCUGCAUCAGAACCUUUGGCUCUUUGGCCCCGAGGAAUAUAUAACCGAGGUCGGCACCAUGAAUCUCUUCAUUGCCAUGAAGGACAAAGAGACUGGUCAGCCUCAGCUUCUCACUGCGCCCCUCGACGGCACCAUUCUUGAGGGUGUCACGCGCGAUAGCGUGCUCGGACUCGCCCGUGAGCGCCUUGUUCCAGAGGGAUGGAAGGUCGAGGAGCGGUACGUGAGAAUGCAGGAGCUCGCCGAUGCUCAAGCAGACGGCCGGCUGCUAGAGGUAUUCGGCGCAGGCACGGCCGCGAUCGUGGCGCCUGUGCGUAAGGUCAGCUGGAAGGAUCGCAUGAUAGACUGCGGACUCAAAGAGACCGAGGAGGCAGGCGAGGUGGCUAUGCGCAUGAAGAACUGGAUUGAGGGUAUUCAGUAUGGAGACGAGGAGCACGAAUGGAGUAUCAAGGUCUAG